UCACUCACCUUCCUGCCAUGCAAUAUGUUUAAGGAUAUGCGCUCCAUACACUAGUAGGGUUUUUAAGUUCUGACGCAGCCCGGCAGUCGAGUGGCUGGAUCCUGGAAGAUUCCCCCCUCCUUGUCGUUGUCGGAGGUCGAGAACCAUGGACCCGGCACGUGUGGCAGGCAGUCAGUCUUUCUUGCUCAACGAGGCCGUUCCCGGGGUGAAACAUUUCCCCACGUGUUGCGAGCGACCCAAUACCCUCCGGAUUGGUAACGGUUCCGACCCUGCUCGGUCUUUUGGAUAUUGUUCUGGGCUACGGAACGAGCGGAUCAAGUCCGAGUUGGCCGGGGUGGUCAGCGCGCUCGGUGCCUUCGUGGCUGCAUGGUCAGUAUUUCCUAGUAACUCUGCACCUGGUGCUGGAAGUUGGCUUUGCUUGCGAGCACUCGCCCUGCACGUGUCGUCGCUUCAUCACUCUCGAUAUGCCGGAGAUGUAUACAUGUGGCGUGCCAAGAUGAGGGGGGUGCAAAUGGCGAAACCGAAGCAGGUGAACCGUUGCCUGUUUUCCUUGCUCUCUCUGUGUGUAGGAAGGAUCAUGCAGGAGGUCGGCAUCCUCCCUGAGGUGCAGGUUAGCCGCCUCUGUGUUUGUCUGGGAAGGAUCGAGUUACUACCUUGGGGGCCGUUCUCCCGCGAAAUCUCCCGUUUCCCACGCGGACUUUACGACGGAAAUGUCGGUUGUGUUGUUCGUUUGGUGGUCAUCAGACGCGCGUCUCAUCCAUCCGUCGAUGUUGGUUGUUGCGCAGGGAGGCGGAGGGGGUGAGUUUGGCGUUCUGCCGCAGCGCGGUUGUCAUCCCCCCCCGAGCACUCGGUUUCCUUCCCUCCCCAUUCUACCUGGGAUUUGUCACUAUCUUGUUGUUACUUGACUUGCCAAGUCAUCGGGUUCCUCUGGAUCCCACCGCCCUAUGCGUCUACACCUUGUUGGUCUUGUCCC